AGUAGCGAUCAAACGCCUCAUGUAUGCCAGAGGCAGUCAGGUGGUAGUAGGGGUGACCUUUAACUUUAAGAAGCUCUGUGUAAAGGCGUACUCUCUCGUAGGGAGGUAUCGCCCGUUGUGCGCAUCCAUGUGUUUUAAGGCGAUUGUAAUGCAGAUGCUGUCGAUAUCGAGGAGCACAGGCCGGUGAGGCGAGGAGCUGCAGCGAUCGUGAUAAGAGUCGGGCUGUGACACCGCGACAGAUAGGCGCUGGAGCAACUGACAAAAAGUUACAAUGAAACGUAACUUCACAACCGCGGAGAGAAGGGGGAACUGAAGCCAGGGCAAUUUCGUUCUCGUAGCAUGAAGGUGUGCCGUGUGCGCGUUGGAUGAUCGCUGUUUUAAUGAAAUCCAUUCGCAGUCCGUAGGCUGCGUUUAAAAAAAAAAAAUAUGAGCGCCCGGAUUGUGACUCGGGGAUAUAAACGUGGUGUAAUGGACCUGGCGAUCAGAACCCGAGUGAUGUUGCCAGGGACGAGGUACAUCGCUGCCGCCCCAUUUAGGUGCUCGGCUACCGACGGCACAUGGCGGCUGGGCUGGUGUCAACCCCGAGGAAGCGGACCCCUGGGCAGGCUCGGCGGCGGCGGAUCAGCGCUCCCUGGACCCGCAGCCCGGCCGCUGUCCUCCCUGAUCAGCCGCGCCGCCUCCUCUCCUCUGGCCGGUCACCUGUGGGGUGCCUCCCCCCGGAGCCCCUGGAGAACUCCCGGGAGGUCAAAGAGCUACAGCGGCUCGCCUGCUCCCAAGCAGGAGGCGGCCGCCCCCGUAGUGCACACGGACGGGAAGGCCGAUGUGGCGGCCGCGGUGCCGGACGAGAAGCGCGACCGGCAGCUUGCAGAGGACGGGAGACGGCUGUUGCAGCUGGCUUACCCAGAGCGAUGGCGCCUGGCUGCGGCCAUGGGGUUCCUGGCGGUUUCCAGCACGGUGACCAUGUCGGCUCCCUUCUUCCUGGGCAGAGUGAUUGACACGAUCUACGCCAGCCCGGCCCAGGAGCUGGGCGCGUCUCUGACCUCCCUGUGCGCCGUGCUCUCGGGGGUGUUCCUCUGCGGGGCCGCGGCCAAUGCGGCUCGGGUCUACCUCAUGCAAACCUCAGGACAGCAGAUUGUGAGAAAUUUACGAGAAUCCCUUUUUUCCUCAAUUUUGAGGCAGGAGGUGGGCUUCUUCGACAAGACGCGCACCGGCGAGCUCGUUAACCGCCUCUCUGCGGACACCGCCCUCAUCGGGCGCGCCGUCACUGACAACCUCUCGGACGGCCUCCGCGCUGUGGCUCAGGCCACAGCCGGGGUCGGCAUGAUGUUCUUUGUGUCGCCCAGCCUGGCAGCAUUUGUGCUGAUGAUCAUACCCCCGCUGGCUGCGCUGGCCGUCGUCUAUGGGCGGUACCUGCGCUCACUGUCUCAGCGCACGCAGGACUCGCUUGCUGAUGCCACUCAGCUCGCCGAAGAGCGGAUCGGCAAUUUAAGAACGGUGCGAGCGUUUGGGAAAGAGUUCGUGGAAGUGGACAAAUACGUGGAAAAAAUCAACUAUGUCCUCCAGCUGGCCAGGAAGGAGGCCGUGGUUCGGGCUGGCUUCUUCGGGGCUACGGGGCUGAGUGGGAACCUGAUCGUGCUCUCUGUGCUCUACAAGGGGGGCUUGCUGAUGGCCAGUGAGCACAUGACCGUUGGAGAGCUCUCCUCCUUCCUCAUGUAUGCCUUCUGGGUAGGGGUGAGCAUUUCAGGUCUAAGCUCCUUUUACUCCGAGCUGAUGAAGGGGUUUGGAGCUGGGGUGCGACUGUGGGAGCUGUUGGACCGGAAGCCUGAGUUUCCUCUCAAUGAAGGAAUCGCGCUGAGGCCGGAGCAGCUGAAGGGGGAGCUGGAGUUCCGCGACGUGACGUUCUCGUACCCGACCCGCCAGGACGCGCCCGUCUUCCGCGGCCUCAGCCUGUCUGUGCCCGCCGGCUCGGUGAUGGCGGUCGUGGGCCCCAGCGGCUCGGGGAAAUCGACUCUGGUGUCGCUGCUGCUAAGACUCUACGAUCCGGAUUCCGGUGUAAUUGCUGUCGAUGGUUAUGAUAUUCGGGAUCUGAAUCCAUACUGCCUACGGAGCAACAUUGGGACUGUGAGCCAGGAGCCCGUGCUCUUCUCCGGCUCCAUCGCGGAGAACAUCGCGUACGGCGCGCCGGACCCCUCCCGGGUCUCCGCCCAGGACAUCCACAGGGCCGCCCAGAUCGCCAACGCCCACGGCUUCGUGCAGCACUUCCCCAGGGGCUACGACACCAUGGUGGGGGAGAAGGGGAUCCUUCUGUCAGGUGGUCAGAAACAAAGAAUUGCAAUUGCUCGAGCUGUGCUCAAGAACCCCAAGAUACUUCUACUUGAUGAAGCCACCAGCGCUCUGGACGCAGAGAAUGAGUUCCUGGUGCAGGAGGCCCUGGACCGGCUGAUGCAGGGGCGCACGGUGCUGAUCAUCGCCCACAGGCUGUCCACCAUCCAGAACGCCGACGCGGUGGCCGUCCUGGACCAGCGGCGCGUGGUGGAGUGCGGCCGGCACGAGGAGCUGCUGGCCAACAGGCAGGGCCUCUUCAGGAAGCUGGUGGAGAAGCAAGCGUUCCUGCAGAACAGCCAGAAGCACGUGGUGGUGGAGUAACGUCAGUGCAGGAGAGGGAGAACUUCUGUGGCCAGUGUGGUCAAAGCUCUCAUCACAGGGAAUCCAGAUUGCAGCUCUUUGACUUAGGUAUUUGUUUUUCUAUCUGUUCUGCUGUCCCUUCAACUUUGAAAAUGCCAUAUUGUGUUCUGAAGAAAAUUGUCAAUUAAAAAUAUACUGAACCCAUUUUUACAUCAAAUCAUAAUUUUCCCUGUGAAACAUUCAAGGAUUUUAGUGUUUUGGCAGGCAAACAUUCCUGUUUAGCACGCUGAAUUUCAGUACACCAACAUUAAGUUCUUUUAUCAAGGAUUGGUUGUAAUUUUAGAUAUACUGCAUGGUAAGACAAUAAAUUAAAUCACAGAAACUGGUGUGGGCUUUUAAAAAUAACUGCCACACAUAAAGCACAAGAUGUAUUGGAGUAUUAUUGUGUUUCUUAAUGUGUCACAAUCUUAACUACUGCGAAGGCAUGCCAUAAGAUACUACAUAGCUCACGUUCUGAAACUGUGAGGUUUAUCAUUUAAUAUGUGCGUGUGUAUUUAGAUUUUCUAAAUUAAGGAUAAGCAAACUGUAAAUGAAACAAACACGAUAUCAUGGUAUAUAUAGGGUACAGUCCUGUUUAGGGAAUGUUAUUUGUUUACAGCUUCUAUGUAUUGAUUGGCAUUUGUACCAUAGUUAUGGUUCUGUAAUGAUAUUGUUCAUUUUUAUUUUUGGAGUGUUUUGUACUUUAUGUGCAGUUUUUCGUUUGUUUAAAAUAUUUCAGAAGACACUUGAUAUUCAUGAUGUAAGUACCAUACAGUUCAAUGAGGAACGAACCCAGACUUGUUGUAUUGGGUCAUGUGAGUGAGAGCAGACUGACGGGAGGUCCUGAGCUCUUCUGGAUCCUGACUCAAGCUUAUAAACAGCAGAGGCGGGGGCUGGAGCAAUACUGCAUCACUAGCAGAAUCAAGUCAAACCAGGACUGCGAAGCUUCCCUUCUGGCAAAGAGCCAAACCAGAAAUGAGAUCCUGAAGGGAUUGUUAGCAGUUUCUUUCAUUUUGUUAUUGUUUAUUCUCUUUUAAGGCUGUUUCAA